CGCUAUCGGUGACAACAACAAUAUUCGAUAUGAAAAACGCGUGGGCGCUCAGCUCAGCGGUACGCGAAGUGAGGCCUAUCCAAAGAUGCCGAGAGUGGAGAGUGGGUGCGCGCUUCAGUACACCGCGGGUUUCUGGGGGCUUGUCAACAAUGCAGGAAUAUCAACAUUUGGCGAGACAGGGUGGCUGUCUAUGGAGAAAUACGAAAAAUUUGCAGAUGUGAAUCUCCUUGGGAGCAUCAGAACAACCCUGGCAUUUCUUCCCCUUCUAAGGAAAUACAAGGGACGUAUUGUUUUCAUGUCCAGCAUUAUUGCCUAUUUCACUCUGGGAAAUGGCAUUUAUUCAAUGACCAAGGCAGCUAUUGAAAAAUUUUGUGAUGCUCUAAGACUGGAAAUGAAGAAGUUUGGUGUCCAGGUCUGUAUUAUUCAGCCAGGAAAUUAUGCACGCUCUACAAAAAUUCAGCCACCAGUCAGUGCCGAAGAGAUUUGGAAUGAACUCAGUGAAGAGGAAAAGUCGGUUUACAAUAAGGAGUAUGUUCAAGAGCGAGCAAACUUUUUCAACAGCAUUCUCAGCGAAGGAAGCACUAACGGCAAUGAGGUUGUAGAUGCUAUGGUAGAUGCCUUAACAUCUCCUGCACCCAAGGCACGUUACAUG